CAAAACAGGAAGACAGCAAUAGAAAAUGGAGAAAACGUCCCCAAUGACAUUCUCACACAAAUCCUCAAAACGGCAGAGGAGGAAAAUGUUAAUAAUGCAAAAGAUCAUGAGCAGAUGUUGGACAAUUUUGUGACUUUUUUUCAUUGCUGGGCAAGAGACAACAGCCAAUCAGCUUUCAUUUGCAAUAAUGGAAUUAGGGAGACAUCCUGAGAUAUAUAAACGGGCUAAAGCAGAGGUGGAUGAAAUCCUGGGGACAAAAAGAGACAUUUCAUAUGAUGACCUUGGAAAAUUCACUUACUUGUCUCAGGUGUUGAAGGAAACCCUGCGUCUGUACCCAACUGCUCCAGGAACCAAUCGCUGGCUACAUGAGGACAUGGUUAUAAAUGGGCUAAAAAUCCCAGGUGGCUGUUCAGUUGCUUUCAGUUCUUAUGCCUCCCAAAGAAUGGAAAUGUAUUUUAAAGAUCCUUUGAAGUUUGAUCCAGAGAGAUUUGAUGUGAAUGCCCCAAAGCCUUAUUACUGCUACUACCCAUUUGCACUUGGUCCACGAAUCUGUCUGGGGCAGCUCUUCUCACAGAUGGAGGCAAAAGUUGUGCUUGCCAAACUGCUUCAGAGAUUUGAGUUCAGCCUGGUUCCUGGACAGUCUUUCGACAUUAAAGACACAGGAACUCUGCGGCCCAAGAGCGGAGUGAUCUGCUACAUUAAACACUGCUCAUAGGAUGUGUUUAUGACCCAUGUUUGUGACAUUUCCUGUAUACAUCACGUUCAAGCAUUAACUGAUCACAGAAGUUUUAACAUACUAAUCAUUUAUGGUGCAUCUGCAAAUUUAAUUUUAUUGUUUUAUCGUAGUCCUUCAUUAUGGUGAUUUAAAGUUUUUGUUUAAAUACAUCAUGUAGAUUAUUUAAAUAUGAACAUUAUAUAAGCAUAGGCUGCAUGCUCAAUGAGAACCAACCAAACUAGAGGUGACUCAGCUUAACAAUAGAGACAGGGGGCGGUGCGAAGAUGGCGGGUUGAGCAGCUGCAUUUUUUUAAAGCUCAUGACAGAUGUGCCCUAAAGUCAGUUUAACAUGAGUAAUUUCUACUCUUUUACACUAAGAUGUCUUCACAAAAACUGAUUAAACCUGCCAGAUUAAAACUAGACCCCAGAGGGAAAGAUUCCUCGCCCAAUGUUCAAACAAAAGUAGAGGCAAAAAAAAUGGAGCAUGACUAUGCAAUGGAGAUUGUUGUGCAAAGUAAAAGAGAGUGUGGAAAUGGCUCUCUUCCUUCAAUACCAAGCAAGAAUUCUGCGGAAAAAAGAGCUAAGCCGUCUGCACCGUUAGCCUUGUGGGCAGCGACGACAUGUAGUGCUGUUGCGCUCUGGGCGUCCUGAGUUCGAAGCCUGGCUCGUGGACCUUUCCCAAUUCCACUCUUCUGUCUCCAUCUCUGCUAUACUGUCCUGUCAAAAUAAAUGUGAAAAUGCCAAAAAUAAAUUAAAAAAAAAAAAAAAAAAAA